AUGGCAGAGGUCAUUGAUUGCAAUUUUCCUGUUUGGGGCCUUUUACCUAAAAAAGAGACUGGUGUCACUCAAUUUCUUACCAAAUAUCCGGAAUACGAUGGUCGAGGAGUUAUCAUUGCAAUUUUCGAUUCAGGGAUUGAUCCUGGGGCUCCUGGCAUGCAGGAAACUUCAGAUGGAAAGCCAAAAAUUAUUGAAAGAUAUGACUGUAGUGGGGCUGGAGACGUAGAUACUAGUAAAGUUGUGCAAGCACCUGACGGAUAUAUAACGGGAAUAACCGGUCGUAAAUUAAAGGUUCCAUCCAGUUGGAAAAAUCCCACUGGACAUUAUCACAUUGGAGUAAAGAAUUUGUAUUCACUAUAUCCAGGAAAGUUAAGAGAAAGAGUAUUAAUAGAAAGAAAAAAAAAAUUAUGGGACACAUGUCAAAAAUCUGCACUUGCAGAAGCAUCUAGGCAACUACAAGAAUUUGAGGUAAAAAAUCCACAAUUAAACAGUUUAAAAGAAAGACUAGAAAAGGAAGAGCUUGAAGCUAGAGUUGAAAUAUUAAAUAAUAUAGAAAAAAAAUACUCUGAUGUAGGACCUACAUAUGACUGUGUUGUUUUUCAUGAUGGUGAAGUUUGGAGAGCAUGCAUUGACACUUCUGAAGAAGGUAACUUAGAAACUGGUGUCCUUUUAGGAGAAUACACUUUGACAAGAGAAUAUGCACCUCUUAUACCUGAAGAUCAAUUAAAUAUUAGUAUUAAUGUUCACGAUGAUGGAAAUACAUUAGAAAUUGUUAGUUUAUGCUCAAGUCACGGUACACAUGUAGCUUCAAUUGCAGCAGCAUAUUUUCCUGAUAAUCCUGAAUUAAAUGGUGUAGCGCCUGGUGCUCAAAUUAUUUCAUUAAGUGUGGGAGAUGGCCGCAUCGGUACAAUGGAAACAGGAACUGCGGUAGUGCGUGCAAUGAUACAUGUAAUGAAACACAAAGAGAAAAUACACAUAAUAAACAUGAGUUAUGGAGAACAUGCUCAUUGGUCUAAUACGGGAAGAAUAGGAGAAUUAAUGAAUGAAGUUAUCGAUAAACAUGGUGUAACGUGGGUAGCGUCUGCUGGUAAUCUCGGACCUGCUUUGUGCACUAUUGGGACACCACCAGAUAUCAGUACUAAUAGUGUGAUUAGUGUUGGUGCCUAUGUGUCUCCUGAUAUGAUGGUAGCUGAAUAUUCUUUAAGAGAAAAAAUGCCGGGCAUGUCAUAUACGUGGUCAUCUCGAGGGCCAAUGAUCGAUGGUGGAGCUGGAAUUACUGUAUGCGCUCCAGGAGGAGCUAUCACUAGUGUCCCUAAUUUCACAUUAAGAAAAAGUCAACUCAUGAACGGCACGAGCAUGGCUGCCCCUCACGUUACUGGAGCUAUUGCAAUACUUAUAUCAGGACUUCUUGCGAAAGGUUGUCCUUUUUCUCCAUAUAGCAUAAAAAGAGCGCUUGAAAACACAGCUUUAUACAUACAAAACCUAGAUCCUUUUGCACAAGGUUCAGGAUUGUUACAAGUUGAACGUGCGUUCGAUAAUCUUCUUACUUACAAUGAUGUACCUGAAAGGGAUGUAAGAUUUGCCAUUAGCUGUGGGCCAAAUAACGCCAAAGGAAUUCACAUGAGAAACGGUGUCAUUAAUCGAUCAAAAGAUUAUGCCAUUACUGUUGAACCUAUAUUCCUUAAUAGCGAAAAUACUGACCCAGCACUUAAAAUUGCUUUCAAUUUGAAAUUGACUUUGGUAUGCGAUGCAUCUUGGGUACAUUUUCCAACGCAUUUUGAUUUAAUGAAUAUGGUUCGUGCAUUUGCUAUCAAAAUUGAUGGUUUUAAUUUACCCGAAGGUGUUCAUACAACGAGCGUGCGAGCAUAUGAUGUAACAGAUAUUGCAAAAGGACCAGUGUUCCAAAUACCAAUAACUGUAGUGCAACCACAAACACUGCCAAAAACUGCGAUCCUUCCAGACUUAGCGUAUACAAAUAUUUUAUUUAAACCGAAUACAAUUCGUCGACAUUUUAUUCUCGUUCCUGAAGAUGCAACAUGGGCGGUGGUUAGAUUGAAGAGCACAGAAAGAGAUAAAACUGGAAGAUUUGUGAUUCAUAGCGUUCAACUGAAACCACGUUUGUCUUGUAAAACUCUAGAAGUUGAUAAAUUGUUGACUGUUACUUCUCAAUCAGAAAUUGUCCAUCCAUUUGCUGUUCAGGGAGGAUUGAUCGUAGAAGUGGUUAUUGGAAAAUAUUGGGCAAACAUUGGUGACAUGUUAGUCGAUUAUUACAUAGAAUUUCAUGGUAUCCAUAUGAUAAAUGGAAAUCUUACAAUGCAAUCUGGCGAUGGAAUAAAUCGCUUAGAAAUACGAAGUUCUCUCAGGAAUGAAGAAGUAGUACCCAAUAUUUGUCUUAAAUCAUCCGUACAAGUAUUGAAACCCACUGAUGCAAAAAUUAUUCCUUUACGAGAACGAGAUAUUAUUCCUCCUUCACGACAAAUUUAUGAAUUGCAAUUAACAUAUACUUUCCACUGCGCAAAAGCAACUGAAGUAACUCCAAAUGCUGCAUUACUUAGCGAUUUAUUGUAUGAAAGCGAAUACGAAAGUCAAAUGUGGAUGAUUUAUGAUACUAAUAAACAACUUAUUUGUUGUGGAGACGCAUAUCCAUUAAAAUAUGCUAAUCAAAAAUUAGAGAAAGGCGAUUAUACUUUAAAAAUGCAUGUACGUCAUGAAAAGAAAGAUUUACUCGAUAGAUUAACGGAAAUGCCGUUCCUUUUAAGUCACAAGCUAAAUAAUCCAAUUAAUCUGGAUGUAUUUGCCAGUCAGUCACAAGCUAUUAUCGGUGGCAAGAAAAUGAUAGCAGCUUCAAUUCCACCCGGUCAUAUUCUUCCUUUAUAUGUUGCCCCUCUGAUUAAUGAAAACAACGCUGAAAACAAAGUUUCCAAAAAUACUGCCUUAGGAAGUGGUAGUUACUUACAGGGUUUAUUAACCUUCUGCAAAGAUGAUAAUGGAAAAAAAGUGGAUUAUCAUUCAUUUAAAUAUAUUUUAUCUGAACCAACCAAAAAAUCUAGUAGUAGCAGUAGUAGCAAUAGUUCUCACAAUUCUUCAUCAAAGGAGAAGAGUACCAAAUGGGAUGACUACAAUGAAGCACUUAGGGAUUUCAAAUGCAGUUGGCUUACGAAGCUAGCUCCUUCUACGAAACCUGGAGAAUAUGCAAAUCUACUCUAUGGAGAGUUAAAGACUCUCUUCUCUGAUCAUUUGCCCGUCCACACUGCCAUGCUAAUUUCUUUGGAAUCACCUGAAGCUCGACGUCAUGUACCACAUGAUGAUAUCUCAGAAGAAUCUAUUUCUCUGGCAAAUCAAAUAAUAACUGUCGCAGAUGCUGUGAUUACAAAUAUUGAUCAAGACAAACUCUUGGCCUAUUAUGGAUUAAAGAGUGAUCAACGCGACGAUGCAGCAAAGAUUAGAACAACUAUGGAAAAACAGAAAUUUAGCUUGAUAAAAGCAUUAGUAAAGAAAGGAUGUGCAUUAGCGCGAUUGUACGUACACAGUAUGAAAAAAGGAGAGGGAGAUCGUCAAUCAUACGAACAUUUAUUAGAGAGUGUGACACAUCAUUGGCAAGAAGUACAAAAAUUCGCUGAACCAACUGACAUUAAGAUCAUUACUCUCUCAUUAUGGCAUGCCCAUAUUAAUAAUCAUUAUGGCCGCUAUUUGAAAUUAUUAUUACGUUAUUAUGAAGAACAUCCAUUAAAAGAAGUUGAUGAAAAAUGUAUAGAACUUGCAAAUAUCUUAGGAUGGGAACACUUGUCACGUCACAUUAACACAAGUAUACCAUCGCGUUAUCCUUCUACAUACAGAUCGUUUUGAUUAACGAUAUAAUAAGAUCAAUUUGAUAUUUUGACAAUGGAAACUAAUCAUGGCAAACAGUUUCCAAUGCAUCUUUAUGGUAGAAGUAUCUCUACCAAAGUUAUUCAGAUGUAUUAUACGCUUAGAAAAAUAUAAUUUUAUUCACAUUUAUAAAAAAAAAAGUAUUGAAAAAUGAUUCUAGAAAAAUAUUUUAAUUUUUGAUUAUAACAAAUUAAGUAAUAUUAAUUUUUACGAUGUAUAAUUUAUUUUAUGGAAAUCGUAUCUCGCUUAAUUAAUUUUAACAAAUCACGAAACAUGAUAUAGCAAUAGUAAUAUGACAUAUGUACUAAAAAAAAUUUGAAUACAUUGCUGAUUUUUAUGCAUUAACGACAAUGUUAAAAAAGUAUGACAAUAUGUGUAUGUGUGUUUACACACAAAAGACAUUAUAUCAUUAAAAGUAUCAUUGUUUUAAUAGUUCAUUUUCAUGGGGUUUAACACUUCAAAAGAGAAAGAAGCGCUAGAAUAUCAUGGAAACUGUUAAUUUAGAAAUUAAAAUUUUUGAACGAUGA